AUGUCUGAUGAUGAAGCGGAUCCCGAGCUUCUUGACUUCCUCCGCCAGCACUUUCAGAAGUCUUCUCUUGCACCUCCAAUACCAGAGACGCACGUUCUAGAGGAUGCCGAGUAUAUUUAUGACAACGCCAUCGAUGUGGCACUGGAUUCCCAGGCCACCAGCGCAGCUGCUGCCAUGAUAUACGACCAAAUGCAGAAAAAGGGAUACUCCACCAAAACAUGGGCAUCGCAUGAUUUUCACCCUCAGGCCAAAGACGAGACCACAGUUGAUUUUAUCUUUACUUUGGAUCUUUUGAAUUUUUCAUUCUGGUCAGAGCGGGAAGCUGAGGAACGCUUUGCAAUCGAGUACAAGGGCAAGACAUGGACUGGAUAUAAAAGCUUAGUCGCUGCAUUGCAGCGAGCACUUGAUGAGGACAUUCCGAUUACUUCCUCGGACUUUUGGCAAAAUGAAAAUGAGUGUACCGAAGAGGUUUUGAGGCAUGUCUUUAGGAGUGCUACCGAUGAAGAGAUCCCUCUGUUUGAUGAGCGGGUGAAGUGCUUGCGAGAAGCAGGCCAAAAAUACCAAUGCAGCUUCACGAAAUGCAUUGAAGCUGCCAACCGCUCCGCACCGGCCUUGGUCAACUUGCUCGCAGCUGAUUUUCCCUGCUUCAAUGAUGUUGCCUUAUACGAUAACCGGAAAACCGUGAGGUUCCUCAAACGGGCCCAGAUUUGUGUUGCGGAUAUCUGGGCCGCAUUCGAUGGUGAGGGCUAUGGGCAGUUUGACGAUAUUGACAAGAUUACCAUCUUUGCAGACUACAGAGUUCCACAGAUCUUAAAUGCCCUGGGUUGUCUAUGGUACAGUCCACGUCUCCAGAGUACAAUCGUUCAGAAGCGGGUCAUUGAGAGUGGCGAUUCGUGGGAGCUUCAGCUGAGAGGCUGUACUAUCUGGUGCGCUGAGUUGAUCCGGAGGGAAAUCAUGAGGAAACACCCGUCUGCAAAAAUCAAUGCUAUCCUGAUUGAUUUCUUUCUUUAUGAUACUAUGAAAGAUCGAGAGGCAUCUGGGGAUGAAGAAAUCCCUCAUCAUAGGACCCGAAGUAUAUGGUACUGA